CAGCUUUCGCUGAUCAGAGCUAAGAGCUCCAUUUAUUUACCACUAGCUCAUCCCUACACUGAACAAAUUUCCUUCCGGAAUUCCCAAGGCGUAUCUGUCUGUCCAAGCAGACACGCUCCUCCGCGUCUAGGGAAGACCGGACUCCUGGUUUUCUAAGCUAGUUACUGAGCUGAAACAAGUGCAAGAAUGGCGGCCACGAAUGUAGCAUCACGAACCUCCAUGUUUUUGGCUCCGUCUCAAACCAGCGGGAAAGCACAAGCUGCUGGUUUGCAGGACUGGACUGACGGCUCCUUGAGGAGUUUUUCGCUCCGCAAGAAUAGCGUCACUGCCUCUAAGGCUCAGACUGUGCAGAAGAAGGCUAGAGGACCCCUGGUGGUGAAAGCUGUUGUUCCUAAGAAUCUGGUGGAUGUGACCACCAUUGAUGAGCAGAAGUUUGAAGCGUUGGUGCUGAGACGAGUGGUGUUCAAUCACGAUGACUGGAAGAAACACAAAUCCAGCGGCCGUUAUUUCCGUCACAUGAAGUCCAUAUUUACGUCCAAGGUUAUCGGCGCGCUUGGACCCGCAGUCUCCGUGAUGACCGGAAUCGCAGCCGGCGUGGUCGGGUGGAACGAGCUGGUCACAAUGGGUGCGUUGCCGGAGUGGGCUCCCGUGCUCCACAUGUCCAACCUCCCGUACACCCUCACGGCGCCUGCUCUCUCCUUCCUCCUCGUCUUCCGGACAAAUGCUAGCUACGGCCGUUUCGACGAGGCUCGCAAGAUGUGGGGACUCAUGCUGAAUCGCACGCGCGACAUCACGCGGCAGGCGCUGUCGUACAUGGCGCGCGACGAGCACACCUACGAGUACCCCAAGCGCGCCCAGUUCAUCCGCCACCUGCAGGCGUUCCCCCUCGCGUACAAGCACCACUUCCUGCAAGAGGGCUCUCUGGAGGAGGACCUUCGUCAAUUUACCACUCUGUCUGAUGAGGAGAUUGCGGGAAUCCUGGCGGCCACCCACCGGCCCAACUACGUCCUGCUGGUCAUGUCGGAGUGCAUGCGGUCGUGCCACAUGGAUCCCAUCUACCGCGUUGCCAUGGAGGCAAAUUUCGCGACAUUCGCGGAUGACAUCGGGGGCAGCGAGCGUCUGUUCAAGACGCCCAUCCCGCUCUCCUACACGCGCCUCACCUCACGCUUCCUCGUCCUCUACCACAUGUUCCUGCCCUUCGCGCUCUGGGACCCCCUCGGCUGGCUCACCAUCCCUGUGACUGCCACGUGUGCGGCCAUCUUCUUCUGCAUUGAGGAAGUCGGGGUGCUCAUUGAGAACCCCUUCCCCAUCCUUGCACUUGACGUCAUCGCCCAAUCAGCCCGGACCAAUGCCGCUGAGCUGGUGUCGCUACACGAGGGCAUUCGCAACCUGGUGGUGGAGGACGACCUCGAGAUGAAGAUGCUCUCAGCAGUCUCCCAAGAGGCGCUGCUACCCCACGCGCCCAAGUACGUGCCCGAGCCUGAGCCCGAGUACCAAUCCGACUGGGACGAAGACGCCGCUGCGCUCGCCACCCCUCCCCCCCCUCCUCCGUCCCCCGAUGUCCCUAUCGCCGCUCGGGGCCCUUACAGCCUGUGAGGCUGUGGACUCAGCUCCUUGAACCGUCUCAAAAGUGGGAUUGGUUCUGGGUUCAAAGAGUUUGUGGGUUUUGCUCAGUAGUGGGAGGUGAUGGGGUCAAGGGUUACUGGAGUGUACUAGUAUGGUAGGUUGGCAUCUUCCACUCGUGCUAACCGUCUUUUCUUGAUUUCAGGAUGCCGACCGUGGCUAAAGGGAAUUAUUCCCCUCGUGUAUGGUUGAACUAGUGUGGGAGGGAUGCCUGGGACAGGUCCUAGAGUCUUUAUUACCAAUACGGUCAUGUGGUGAUGGUCAUAUGGUCACGGUCAUGUCGUCCCUGUGGUGUGCCUGUGCUGUGUAAUGUGGCGAUUAUAGCUGUGUAUUCAGUGUUCCACUUGUAUGGAAAGCCA